AAGUUGGCUGCUUCCUGCCAUUCCGGGGUCGAGCGUCGCGUGGUUUUCUGCUGUCGGCCAAACUGAAUCGACCAAUUUGCUGCGCUCACCGCUGCCAGGCGUGCUGUGGCGGCAGGUGGUACUGCACCAACGGGGUCCGACUCCAUUUGGAUUUGGCUGGUGAUUGCGUAAAAAUCUCCUGGCAUUUGCUGCAGUUGAGUCUUGUGAAUAGGGAAGGAAAGCGCCCGCGAGAGAGAGAGAGAGAGAGAUCCUUGCGGCUGUGUAACGGGAGGGUUGCGGAAGAGGUCGCGAACCCGCCGCCGCCGCCGCCAGCUGACUAACAUUCCAGCGUGCGGAGCGGCCGAACUUUCAAGCGAGCCCGCGACCUCCGCUUGGUUGUGGAAAAGGCAGCAGACGGCGCAACGUCCUCCACCAAGCGCCGUCGGACGGGAAGUCGGGAACGUUUGGCGUUUUUGUCGGCACGCGGGACCUCGCUGCUGAAAAAUGUUCCCGCAAGGCGGGAAGUCCAUCGUCUUCGAUAACUUCCCAGACCCCGGCGACGCCUGGGAGAUCGUGGAGACCAUCGGGAAGGGCACCUACGGCAAAGUCUACAAAGUGCUCAGCAAGGUGGACGGCAGCAAAGCGGCCGUGAAGGUCCUGGAUCCCAUCCAUGACAUCGACGAGGAGAUCGAGGCCGAGUACAACAUCCUCAAGGCGCUUUCCGACCACGCCAACGUCGUCAAGUUCUACGGAAUGUUCUACAAGAAGGACGCCAAAUGCGGGGAUCAGCUGUGGCUCGUGUUGGAGCUGUGCAACGGCGGCUCGGUGACGGAUUUGGCCAAAGGCUUGCUGAGGAGGGGCGAGCGCAUGGACGAGGCCGUCAUCGCCUUCAUCCUGCACCAGGCGCUCAUGGGCCUCCAGCACCUGCACGCCAACAAAACCAUCCACAGGGACGUCAAGGGCAACAACAUCCUGCUGACCACGCACGGAGGCAUCAAACUGGUCGACUUCGGUGUUUCCGCCCAGCUGACAAACACCCGGCUGAGGAGGAACACGUCGGUGGGGACGCCCUUCUGGAUGGCGCCGGAGGUGAUAGCGUGCGAGCAGCAACUGGACUCCACCUAUGACGCCCGCUGCGACGUGUGGUCGCUGGGCAUCACCGCCAUCGAGCUGGGCGACGGAGACCCGCCCCUCUCGGAGCUCCAUCCAAUGAGAGCCCUCUUCAAAAUCCCACGAAAUCCUCCGCCCACCCUCCAGCAACCCGAGUUGUGGUCCGCCGACUUCAACGACUUCAUCCGCAAGUGUCUCAUCAAGGACUUCGAGCUGCGACCGAACGUCUUGGAGCUCCUCCAGCACGUCUUCAUCGGGCAGACCGUCGGGAAGGAGAAAGUUCUGCAGAAACAACUCAUUGAACUCAUUGAUCUCAACCAGCAAAUUGGAGUCACAGAGAAGACCAGCCAUCACGGAAAAACAGACCGAAGCCGAGACAGUAACGACAGGCACGAACGCAUCCACACCAAAAAAGGAAGCAACAUGAAGACCGAGCGGGACGAGGGCGACGAUCUGGCCGCUUCGGAAGUACUCGACGAGGACUCGGUCAGCGAGCGGCUGCGGGAGCGCUACGGCAGAGAUCAGAUCUACACCUACGUCGGCGACAUCCUCGUGGCCGUCAACCCUUUCCACAAAAUGCACAUCUACGCUCCUCAGUACAGCAAAAUGUACGUGGGCGCCAAGCGGACGGCCAACCCCCCGCACAUCUUCGCCGUGGCCGACGUCGCCUACCAGUCCAUGGUGUCGUACAACUCGGAUCAGUGCGUCGUGAUCAGCGGCGAGAGCGGAGCGGGGAAAACGGAAAGCGCUCACCUGCUCGUGCGGCAGCUCACCGUCUUGGGCAAGGCCAAUAACCAGAGCCUCCAGGAGAAGAUCCUGCUGGUCAACAGCCUGGUGGAGGCCUUCGGCAACGCCUGCACGGCCAUCAACGACAACUCCAGCCGCUUCGGCAAGUACCUGGAAAUGAAGUUCAGCGCCCGAGGGACGGUGGUGGGCGCCAAGAUAUCCGAGUACCUACUGGAGAAGUCCAGAGUCAUCCACCAGGCCGCCGGGGAGAAGAACUUCCACAUCUUCUACUACAUCUACGCCGGCCUGGCGGACAGGAAGAAGCUCGCCCACUACAAACUCUCCGACAGCAAAACGCCCAAGUAUUUGUGCAACGAGCACAUCAAGGUGGGCCCCGACAUUGUGAGCAACAGCGCCUACAAGGAGCACUUUGACGCAGUGGAGCAGUGCUUCAAAGUCAUCGGCUUCUCCCUGGAGGAGCUGGGCAGCGUGUACAGCACGCUGGCGGCCAUCCUCAACGCGGGCGACAUCGAGUUCUCGGCGCUGGUCUCGGAGCACCAGACGGACAAGAGCAACAUCGACAACGUGGCCGUCCUGGAAAACGUGGCGUCGUUGCUGCGCAUCCGCUCCGACGAGCUCCGGGAAGCCUUGACCUCGCACUGCGUGGUGGCCCGGGGCGAGACCAUCGUGCGGCCCAACACGGUGGACAAGGCGGCGGAGGUGCGGGACGCCACCGGCAAGGCGCUGUACGGCCGCCUCUUCAGCUGGAUCGUCAACCGCAUCAACGCGCUGCUGCGGCCCGACGGAGAGGACGACAAGGGCUUGAACAUCGGCAUCCUGGACAUCUUCGGCUUCGAGAACUUCAAGAGGAACUCCUUCGAGCAGCUGUGCAUCAACAUCGCCAACGAGCAGAUCCAGUUUUACUUCAACCAGCACAUCUUCGCCUGGGAGCAGGACGAGUACCUGAACGAGGACGUGGACGCCCGCGUGAUCGAGUACGAGGACAACCGUCCGCUGCUGGACUUGUUCCUGCAGAAGCCCAUGGGCAUGCUGGCGCUCCUGGACGAGGAGAGUCGCUUCCCGCAGGCCACCGACCAGACGCUUGUCGAGAAAUUUCAAGACAACCUGAAGACCAAAAGCUUCUGGAGACCAAAGAGGAUCGACCUCGGAUUUGGGAUCCACCACUAUGCUGGAAAGGUGAUCUACAACGCCGCAGGUUUCCUCGCCAAGAAUCGGGACACGCUGUCGGCGGACAUCGUCCUUCUGCUGAGGUCGUCGGAGAACGAGCUCGUUCGCAAACUUGUCACCCAUCCCCUCGCCAAAACGGGCAACCUGGCCCACACCAAAGGCAAAGCCGUCGGCACGCUGCGCACCCCCACGCGCACCCUGACCUUGGCCAAGAUGGGAGUGCUUACCUUGUACAGUUCCUUUCCUUUCACCGAGCCCGUUGACGCAGACGCGCCCUCCCAUCCGCGGGAAACCACCAACAUGAGAACGCAGACAGUGGCCUCCUACUUCAGAUACUCCCUGAUGGAUCUGCUGUCCAAGAUGGUGUCGGGGCAGCCUCACUUCGUGCGCUGCAUCAAGCCCAACAACGACAGGCAACCCCACAAGUUCGACCGGGAGAAGGUUCUGGUCCAGCUGCGCUACACGGGAAUCCUGGAGACGGCCAAGAUCCGCCGGCAGGGCUACUCGCACCGCGUGCCCUUUGCCAAUUUCCUCAAGAGGUAUCGCAUCGUGGCGUUCCGCGCCGACGAGGAACCUGCGUUGACUCCUGAGGCGUGCGCUGUUAUCCUGGAGAAAGCCCAGCUGGAGAACUGGGCCAUGGGGAAGACAAAGGUUUUCCUCAAGUACUACCACGUGGAACAUCUGAAUCUGAUGGUCCAGCAGGCCACGCAGCGCAUCGUGCUGCUGCAGGCUCGCGUCCGAGGCUGGCUGGGCUGCCGGCGCUACCGCAGGCUGGUGAAGGUCCGAGAACGAAGCGCUCUGGUGCUGCAGUCGGCUUACAGAGGCUAUAAAGUGCGAAAGGGCAUCGCCGAGGACAAGAAAAAGAAGCUGGAAGCCUUCGUCAUUCAGUUUCAAGCUGUCUGCAGAGUUUUUCUUGCCAAGAAGAAGUACAAGGAGUUGGUGGAGGAGAGGCGCAGAGCGGCCUGCAAGAUUCAGGCGCGCUACCGAGGCCACGUGGACAGGAAGAAUUUCAAAAGAAAACGAGAAGCCAUGGAGAAGGACAAAGCAGACAAAGCUUUGACCGUCACUCUGGAGAAGUUGCCCGAGCCGGACCGGGACACCACCGAAGACGAAAAAACCCAAACGAAAGAAGAGGAAACGGAGGCUGCCAUAAUCCUGCAGAGCAACUUUCGAGGCUACCGGGAGAGGAAGAAGUUUCAGGCACGAAGGAAGACCGUGGCUGCAGUUGAGCUGCAACCGCCGUCCAGCCGGCUGUCGGACGCGCAACGCGAGCGAGACGAAGGCGACGGUUGGCCGACGAGCCCCGACGACGAGGAAGAAGAUACGUACGAAGCCGAGGAGAACGAAGACAGCGAUCACACGCAGGUGCCCGAAGACGAAGAGAACAACGAAGGGGUCGACGAGCCGGCGGUCGGAUCCGGAGAAGAGGUCCCGCCCGAACAGAACGUAGACUUCUCGGAUUUGCAGCCGGAAACCGAAGCUGCCGUAGUCCUCCGGAGGAACUUCAGAGACCAAAACGAGGAGAGGAGGCUCCAGGAGGACGACCCAAACCGGCAGGAAACCACAGACGAAGACCAGAUGGAGCAGGACAGUGACGACCCGGAGGAGAUCGAGGAAGUCGUACUCCUGCAGAGUGAGUUAAGGAGCCACAAGGAAUGUAAAGAGGAAGAGGAGAUCCAUGGCAAGACCACCCCAGAACUCAGAGAAGAGCCAGAAUCAUGUCAGGAUCCGGAUGAAGUAGAAGCAAAGGAGGAACGUCUAUCUCCAAACGACGUGGAGCUCGACUUGCCAGAGGCGGCGGCGGAAGGUCGAGAUGACAAACGCGAGCAAGAGGAGGCUGCGCUGAAGAUCCAGAGCAACUUCCGAGGCUACAAGCAGCGCAAGAAGAUGAAGGCCAGCAAGCAGGCGGCGCAGGAGGAGGCCCGGCAGCUGGAGAUCUUCUCCAUACAGAUCGCCGAGACCUCCCACAACUUUGUGGCCCUGCAGCAGAAGUUGACGGAGAUCAUCCGGGCCCAUCAGUCGAACCCGGAGAGGAACGGCACGUUCGUCGAGGGGAAAGCCGUCAACGGCUUCGCUCCGCACAUGCAAAAAUCACCCGACAAGAGACUGUCGCGGCCCCCCCGCCGCACCCUGCAGCCGAAGACCCUCAACACCCCCGAGGACUCCACCUACUACACGUUGAUCCACCGUUCCGUCCAGGAUGAUAAACGCAAGCCCAGGAAAGAAGAUCCAGGUAAACUCGUGGACCUGGACCAGCACUACUACCAGGCUUUGCCCACCAGCAAGUCCGCCCCCGCCCUGGCCUGCGAGGGGACUUCACCUAAAAGCGGCGUCCGCCACAGGUUGUCUGAGGACCGCAGACCGGAACCCGCUGAGAACAGACAGCCAGAGUCCAAAGCUGCCAAACACAGCAGUCGGUCGCUUCCCGGGACCGCGUCCGCCGGCGCCGACGACAACCCGUACGACUUCAGGCACCUGCUGAGGAAAACCUCGCAGAGACGGAGGCUCAUCAGGCAGUACCGAGCCAAGGAAUGAAGGACCUUGCCCCCCCCCCCCCCAUUUCUUCUCUUUUGUUUUCAAAGCGCACUCACGACGGACCAAUGAGAGCUUUGUCGACAAGCGUCAAUAAUUAAUUAGCUUUUAUUUUUCAAAUGGCUGUCAAUAAAAGCGAUGCAAUUUAGCCUUUUAUUCCACAAAUUUCUUUCAUCCCUUGCUUCACUUGGCCAACAUUGAGCAAAAACUUCAGCUCGAGCUACUGCGCUAAAACGAAACAAAAACGUAUUGAAUGUGUCAGAAUGAGAAGUAUUUGGUACAUCAUAUACAUACAAAUGCAGAUUUUCACUCGAAUGUGCCAAUUUUGCCCAAUUAGUAAAUAUCCCCAAAAAUAAUGGAGCCCAAACUAUGUGCCUUGGGGUGCGCCGCAUGACAGCCAUUCGCGUUUACUCUUUAGUGAAGCCAACCUGGAUUUUUUUUUUAAAAUGUGGGAAGAAGACAGAGUACCCGGAGAAAACCCAUGCAAGCCUUUGCACGCGAGCAAAUUCCUCACGGGGAGGUCAAAGUUCCGAUUUGAAACCCACGUGGCGCUACCGCACAGCUAAUGGAGCCAAAGA